CCUGCGCAGGAGGCAGCAGCGCGCACCGGCGGCGGGAGGAGCGCGCGCGGGUGCUAAUUGGCCCGGGCGGCGGCCCCGCCCGCGAGUGGUGAGCGGUCACGUGACGCGACGGCUGGGGGCUCCCGGCGCGGGGGACGCUGGUGGCCAAGAUGGCGGCGGAGCUGGUGGAGGCCAAAAACAUGGUGAUGAGUUUUCGAGUCUCCGACCUUCAGAUGCUCCUGGGUUUCGUGGGCCGGAGUAAGAGUGGACUGAAGCACGAGCUCGUCACCAGGGCCCUCCAGCUGGUGCAGUUUGACUGUAGCCCUGAGCUGUUCAAGAAGAUCAAGGAGCUGUACGAGACCCGCUACGCCAAGAAGAACUCGGAGCCUGCCCCACAGCCGCACCGGCCCCUGGACCCCCUGACCAUGCACUCCACCUACGACCGGGCCGGCGCUGUGCCCAGGACUCCGCUGGCAGGCCCCAAUAUUGACUACCCCGUGCUCUACGGAAAGUACUUAAACGGACUGGGGCGGUUGCCCGCCAAGACCCUCAAGCCAGAAGUCCGACUGGUGAAGCUGCCGUUCUUUAAUAUGCUGGACGAGCUGCUGAAGCCCACCGAAUUAGUCCCACAGAACAACGAGAAGCUUCAGGAGAGCCCGUGCAUCUUCGCAUUGACGCCAAGACAGGUGGAGUUGAUCCGGAACUCCAGGGAACUGCAGCCCGGAGUUAAAGCCGUGCAGGUCGUCCUGAGAAUCUGUUACUCAGACACCAGCUGCCCUCAGGAGGACCAGUACCCGCCCAACAUCGCUGUGAAGGUCAACCACAGCUACUGCUCGGUCCCGGGCUACUACCCCUCCAAUAAGCCCGGGGUGGAGCCCAAGAGGCCGUGCCGUCCCAUCAACCUCACCCACCUCAUGUACCUGUCCUCGGCCACCAACCGCAUCACCGUCACCUGGGGGAACUACGGCAAGAGCUACUCGGUGGCCCUGUACCUGGUGCGGCAGCUGACCUCAUCAGAGCUGCUGCAGAGGCUGAAGACCAUUGGGGUGAAGCACCCGGAGCUGUGCAAGGCACUGGUCAAGGAGAAGCUGCGCCUUGAUCCUGACAGCGAGAUCGCCACCACCGGUGUGCGAGUGUCCCUCAUCUGCCCGCUGGUGAAGAUGCGGCUCUCCGUGCCCUGCCGGGCAGAGACCUGUGCCCACCUGCAGUGCUUCGACGCCGUCUUCUACCUGCAGAUGAACGAGAAGAAGCCCACCUGGAUGUGCCCCGUGUGUGACAAGCCAGCCCCCUAUGACCAGCUCAUCAUCGACGGGCUCCUCUCGAAGAUCCUGAGCGAGUGUGAGGACGCCGACGAGAUCGAGUACCUGGUGGACGGCUCGUGGUGCCCGAUCCGCGCCGAAAAGGAGCGCAGCUGCAGCCCGCAGGGCGCCAUCCUCGUGCUGGGCCCCUCGGACGCCAGUGGGCUCCUGCCCGCCCCCAGCGUCAACGGGAGCGGUGCCCUGGGCAGCACGGGUGGCGGCGGCCCGGUGGGCAGCGUGGAGAAUGGGAAGCCGGGCGCCGAUGUGGUGGACCUCACGCUGGACAGCUCAUCGUCCUCGGAGGAGGAGGAGGAGGAGGAAGAGGAGGAGGAAGACGAGGACGAAGAGGGGCCCCGGCCCAAGCGCCGCUGCCCCUUCCAGAAGGGCCUGGUGCCGGCCUGCUGACCCCGGCCACACACUCGACUUUCCUGGUGCUCACCACGCAGAGGGGCACGGGCCAGCCUCGGGCGCAGAGGGAGGAGUGACCUUUCUUUUUCUUUUUAUUGUCGUUCAUUUUGUUUUUCCACCCUUUUGCCUGGCUCCUGGCACCUGUACCUCUGGACUCUCCUAUCGGGGGAUUAAAAAAAAAAGUAAAAUGACAAAAAAAGAUACAAAAAAGAAAAAUGAAACAAAAAAGUCAAACUCUUAAAAACAAGGCCGACCACCCACACAGCCGCCUCCCCGGCUGGAGUCCGAGCCGGGAAGGGGUAGUGGGCGGGAGGGACCAGGACGCCGCCCCGCGCCCUUCCCUCCGGAUGCCCCGCCGCCCGCCGCCCUCUUCCCACGACCAUUCCAGCCAGUGCGCAGGGACCCGGGCGGCGGGCGGUGGGGCGCAGCCCCUCUCUGGCGACCACUUUGACGUUUGUCUCUUCCUUUGCUUUUUCUCUGCAAAUGCAUCCUCGCCCAGAGACCCUCACGCGCCGAGCAGCGAGCGUUUUAGCCGAGAAGCCAUGGAGUGGGUUGGGGCGGGGAGGGGCGGUGGGGUGGGGGGAUGGGUGGGCAGGAUGGGGGCACAGUGGGCGGCUGGGGAGGGCUUAGCCACAGAUGUGUUGUAUUUUUGGAAAGUGCAAUAAUUUGGUAUUUUGAAGACCCGGCGUGUGGCCAGGAACCCCCGGGGAAGGCGGGGGCCCAGGGUGCGGCACCGUGUGGCGUGGGGGGGUCUCAGUUUUCUAGCCAGCUACCUCGGUAAUUCCAAUUCAGGUGAACUUCCCUACGGAACAGCACAGAUGUCCACAGAUGUCCACAGCUGCCGCCGCCGCCGCCGCCACCAUACCCCGGUCCUUGGGGCAUGGGGUGCGGUCACUUCCCAAGGGGCAGCAGGGACCCCGGCCACCCCGGCUCUCGGUUUGGGUUGAUUCCUCUCCUUUUUGCUCUUGGUUUUCCGACGGGUAUGAGGCUGGCCCGGCACCCUGUCCCCCGGGAGCCUCACUCUUCCAGCAGGACCAGACCAGGGGCCUCCUUCCUGUCCCCAGGCGUUCCCGGCCCCUCGCAGGCCCCGCCCGUGCCCUUGGCCUCAGGGUCCAACAACUGGGGGAGCUACCAGGGCUCUGCCUCCAGGAGCCCACAGCUGGGCACCCCCCUUGCCCCCCAGGAGACCGGGGCGCAGGCGGGGCACCGGCCUCACCUGGUUCUCCAACACCGCUGCCUGCGGUCUGUUUUGCUUUUGUCCUCCCCAGCCCAGAAUUUUCCUUUGUAUAAACAGAACUCCUAGUCAGGAAGCAAUAUCAUUUCAGGUCUAAAGAAAGGGACGUGCAUCUGGCCGAGGGCAGUUCAGUCUCACUGCAGAGCCCGCAGCCCGCUGCGCAGCUCGGCCCCUCCCGCCCGCACGGGCAGCUGAAGGCCGCUGUUUUCUAAUAUUUGUAUUCUAAUUUAAUUGUUUUUAAAAAAUGCAAAUAAAAAAGGUCGAGGUGAAGCCA